UUUCUUGACUGUGCUUCCAUGGAUGUUGAUUGUGCGUCCAAGUAAUAUGAAGUCCUUGACAACUUCGAUCUUUUCUCUGUUUAUCAUGAUGUUGCUUAUUGGUCCAGUUGUGAGGACUCUGUUUUCUUGAUGUUGAUGUAUGAUCCAUAUUGAAGGCUGUAGUCUUUGGUCUCAUCAGUAAGUGCUUCAAGUCCUCUUUGCUUAAAGCAAGCAAUGUUGUGUUAUCUUCAUAUCGCAGGUUGUUAAUGAAUCUUCCUCCAAUCCUGAUGCCAUGUUCUUCUUCAUACAGUACAGCUUUUCAGAUUAUUUGCUUAGCAUACACACUGAAUAACUAUGGUGAAAAGACACAACCCUGAUUUAAACCUUUACUGAUUUUAAACCAUGCAGUAUCUCCUUGUUCUCUUCAUACAACUGCUUUUGGUCUAUGUACUGGUUCCUCAUGAGCACAAUUAAGUGUUCUGGAAUUCCCAUUCUUUGCAAUAUUAUCCAUAAUUUAUUAUCCACACAGUCAAAUGCAUUUGCAUAGUCAAUAAAACACAAGUAAACAUCUUUCUGGCAUUCGCUGACAUCAACAAUGAUACCCCUUAUUCCACAUCCUUCAAUAUUGCAUCUGGAGGCUUGAAUUUUUCUUCAGUUCUUUCAGUUUGAGAAAUUCCGAGCAUGUUCUUCCCUUUGGAUUUUCCAUUGCUUGGUCUUUGCACAUUUCCUUAUAAUACUUUGUCUUCUCAAGCCACCUUUUGAAAUCUUCUGUUCACCUCUUUUACGUCAUCAUAAUAGGUGAGUUAAUCUGGUUUUGAAUAUUUUGAACAUGUAGUAUUGAUAUAGUUUAGAAGGUAAAUGAAAAGAUAGACUUGUGUUUCAGCAAGAGCUUCAAUUUUGAAACAAUUAUAAAAAUAGUUAAAACUAUGGGAAACAAUUAUAAAAAUAAUUAAAACUAUGGGAAAGAACGAUCUCAAUCAGGAAUAAUUUACAGAAUAGAGAAGAUAGGAGAGGAUGGAAUUCUGGAAUAGAAAUGUGUAAUGGAUAAGCAGAUGGAGAAGAACUCAAAGGGGCUGAAAUUUUGGGUUGGGAAUGUAGAAGGAACAACUGUAGAGUCCUAUAUGAUGGAAACUGGAGAGAUUAAAAAAUUGCACAUUUAUUUACAGUAUUCAGCAAUGCCAAGAGGUCAAUAAAGAGAAUCCUGUAGUGUUGAUAGUUUCAAGAUAUAAGUAAUUGAAUGGUAGAGUUAAAUAUCUAUCCCAAAGGAACACAUCUUUAUGCUUAACUCUAGAUAAAGUUAGAACUAUCCUAAUUCAGAAAUAUGAUGUCUCACCAUUAAAAAUAUUAUCUCGGUAAAAGGAGAUUCUCUUUCUUGUUUCUAACUUUAUUUCUGUGUUGCAGUUAAGCCCCUUUAUUCUUCCUAAGAAGAUGGUACCUGGCUCCGGACAAUGUGAGAACUCAUCAGGAAUGGAGAAAUCAUGACUUUUGUUUUUUUUUCCUCUUCUCUCUCUAAGUCAUUGAUGAUGGUCCUUAGCAAUUCCAGCUGGAGGCUACCUCAUCCUUCUUUUUUCCUGGUAGGUAUACCUGGUUUGGAGGAAAGCCAGCACUGGAUAGCAUUGCCCCUAAGUGUCCUUUACGUCCUUGCUCUGGUGGGAAAUGUCACUGUUCUCUUCAUCAUCUGGACUGAGCCAUCCCUGCACCAGCCCAUGUACCUCUUCUUGGCCAUGCUUGCUACCAUUGACCUGGUCCUGGCCUCUUCCACUACACCCAAAACCCUUGCAGUACUCCUGGUUCAUGGCCACGAUAUUGGGUAUACCAUAUGCUUGAUCCAGAUGUUCUUCAUCCAUGCGUUCUCCUCCAUGGAGUCAGGCGUGCUUGUGGCCAUGGCUCUAGAUCGCUAUGUAGCCAUCUGUCACCCUCUGCACCAUUCCACCAUCCUACAUCCAGAGGUCAUAGGGUGCAUUGGAGUGGCAGUGCUGGUGCGGGGAUUACUCCUUCUCACCCCUUUCCCCAUCUUGCUGCGGCGCCUCAUCUUCUGUGAGGCCACCAUCAUAGGCCAUGCCUAUUGUGAACAUAUGGCUGUGGUAAAGCUUGCCUGCUCAGACACUACAGUGAACCGAGCCUAUGGGCUGGCAGUGGCACUGCUUGUGGUUGGACUAGAUGUUCUGGCUAUUGCUGUUUCCUAUGUUCUCAUCUUCCAGGCAGUUCUAAAGGUACCAGGGAACAAGGCUCGACUUAAGGCCUUUAGCACAUGUGGGUCCCAUGUUUUUGUCAUUCUGAUCUUCUAUGUCCCUGGAAUGUUCUCCUUCCUCACUCACCGCUUUGGCCACCAUGUACCUCAUCACAUCCAUGUUCUUUUGGCCACACUUUACCUCCUUGUGCCACCUGCCCUCAAUCCUCUUGUCUAUGGGGUGAAGACUCAACAGAUCCGUCAGCGGGUACUAAGGAUAUUCUACAUAAAACCAUAGAUCUAAACACACCCUGGUUAUCUUCUUCUGAGGCUUCUUCCAAGUACACUACUAGGA